CGCGGUGUUGUCUUCGGCUUUGAUGGUCGUUACAACUCCAGACGUUUUGCUCACGUGGCGGCUGCUGUGUUCCUUUCCCAGGGUGCUAAGGUCUACUUGUAUGACAAGGCUACUACAUGCACUCCUUUCAACCCUUACUUGGUUAAGAAGUACAACUGCUGUGCCGGUGCUCAGGUCACUGCUUCUCACAACCCCAAGAUGGAUAACGGCUACAAGGUCUAUGCUGCUAAUGGUGCUCAGAUCAUACCUCCCAUGGAUAGUCAAAUUUCUGAUUCCAUUGCUAAGAAUCUUGUUCCAUGGAAGGAGGCUCUCGAGCUCUUGGAUGUUGAUGGAGAGUGUUAUCUUAAGGACACGUCUAAGAUCAUCGAUCCCUAUGAUGAUGUUCUCUUGACUUAUCUCGACCAGAUGUAUCAUGAGCUGUGCCGAUUCCCUGAAGAGAACAAGAAGUGCACCUUGAAGUUCGCUUACACUGCCAUGCACGGUGUCGGUCUUCCCUUCACUACUGGACUGUUGAAGAGGUUCAACAUCCCUGAUGAGUGCAUUAAGGUUUUCGAGCCCCAGGCUCAUCCUGAUCCCGAGUUCCCCACUGUGCCGUUCCCCAACCCCGAGGAGAAAGGUGCUCUGAAUCUGUGUCUUGCCUUCGCUAAGGAGAACAACUGCGAUUAUGUUAUUGCUAACGAUCCUGAUUCUGAUCGCUUCACUGCUUGUGAGAAACAGAAGAAUGGUGAGUGGCAUCAGUUCACUGGUGAUGAGCUCGGAACUAUCUUCGGAGAUUUCUCCAUUUUGAUGGCCCUUCGUCGUGGUGUCCAGCCGAGAAGUGCUUGGUUCUUAACUCGACUGUUUCUUCUAAGAUGCUCGCCGCUGUUGCUAAGCACUACGGUUGCCGUUAUACUGAUACCUUGA